GCUAAACUUUCAAGUUCCUGAUGACCACAUUGUCCAAGACCAAGAUACCACGCUAACAAUGAAAGUUGAAACGAAUAGCGACAACGUCGAACGGUCCAAAGAAAGCAAUAGAAAUCAAGAAAGCAAACCGAAAUUGUCGCCCGUUGCCAAGAUCCUCUUCCUCGAUGGAGUGCGCGGAACUGCAGUCAUCUUUGUCGUCACACAGCACACCGGUUACAUGCACGAUAUCUUCAUGGGUGCAGUCGGAGUCGACGCCUUCUUCGUGCUCUCUUCGUUUCUACUGACCAUGAUCUUCAUGAAGAAAAGUAUCAAGCUCUUCGCCGAGAACGCGUCCUAUCGCAAGUGGGGGUACACGCUGGCCGACUACUUCUCCAAACGAUUCUUCCGCGUGUACCCGUUGUUUGCUCUGCUGUCUAUAGCGCUGUGGCUUAUGCCGUUCGAGUACAAGCAACGCUACUACUUGGUCAAACAGCCCGAGGAUUUCAACCUGUUCCAGACACUCACUUUUCAUCCGGAACACCGACACUACCUCAUGUGGACGCUACCGUUGGAAAUCUCGUACUACUUCAUCCUGCCUGCUUUUGUGCUGGCUGUUCUGAAAUUGGGUCGCUUCUGGUGGAUGUCGUUCGUGCCGUUGUACGUCUGGGUGAUCCACGAGGGCCUGUACACAACUCGAGACAACUUCUAUCGUCAGCCACUGAGCAAACACCUGCCGACGUUUGUGGCGGGAUCCAUGGCGGCGGUUAUUCUCUUGAAGCUGGAAGCGUGGAUCAAAGCGACGGGUUUCAAGUUCCGACCACUGCACAUCGUCGCUCUUCGGAUCGUCGAGGCCGUUUUGAUUGCGGCGUACCUCAGUGUGGUCUUUCGUGGACUGUUCUUCAAUUGGUUGGGUAUGCCACUACCGCCUGCCACCAAGUACUUCAUGCCGUUCACGAGUGUCAAGUUGUCGCUACUGAUCGUCAUCGAGAUGAUCCAGCCGUCCACAGUAUCCCAGAUCUUCGAGUGGGUGGUGCUGCGAUACAUGGGCAAGAUCAGCUUUUCCGUAUACUUGCUGCACGUGUUCGUGAUCUUCACGCCUCCGAUCAAGCAGAUGACGAACUACUACGACAAGACGUUUGCCGUGUUCGGUCUGGUGAUUUUAUUGGCAACGACGUCGUACUACCUAGUGGAAUAUCCGUCGCAACUGUUGGCACAGAGACUGUCGCGGGUAUUUAACCAGCUCGUGUCGCAUGAGUAUGAGAAGUGUCAAAGUGAUACUGACGAUUCAGACGACUCGGAUACAUGCACAACCAAGUCUUCCGUAAGCCUGUUGGUAAGGUAA